CAUGACUCGGUAUUCGCAUUCAAGUCAGUCGUGAUUCAGUCUAGAUCUCUGUCAACGUUCGUAAAAAGCGCUAUGUAAGGUACGUACGUGAUAACCAAACCCCUGAGGUAAAGCCAUAUCAGCUUCUUAGCUAUUCGCUUUGUUCACUUUUGGUUUUGGUUUUGACGUUUUUUCUUUCUCGUCGUUGUAUCGUCUCAACCACUUCAUACCCUGUACCGCCAGCCACUCCUUUGUCCAUACACUCCUUAGCUAUAUAUCAAAAACCAACCAAAUUCUCGGCCACGUGAAACCUCGUCUGAUCCCUCAGUCUAUAAUACCCAAUGUUACUGUCCACGAUAUUCCCACUAGUUUCUGCGAUCCUUCCUUUCACCGUUGCCAAUACGCAUGGCCAUUUUCGGCGUGAACGCCAUCAAGAACUAGCACAGCGGGCGCGAGGCGACAUCGCCAUUCACAAACGCGGAUUCGAUAACGCACGCUUUACCUAUUAUGACGUUGGCUUGGGUGCUUGUGGGCAAACCAACUAUCCCAACGAUUUCAUUGUCGCCCUCAACGUUGCCCAAUAUGGCGGGGGUUACCCGGGUCCGCAGUGCUUCAAGUCCAUCACCAUCUCCUAUGGUGGUAAAACGGCCCAGGCCACCAUUAUGGACGAAUGUAUGGGGUGUCCGUACGGCGGGCUUGACUUCUCUUCUGGUCUUUUCAGUUACUUCGCUUCUGAAGACGCUGGCGUCCUUUACGGAUCGUGGUGGUUUAAUGAUGAUGGCUCCAGCGAGCCUACAUUCACGAACUCCGAUUGGACGCCGACGCCAGCCCCUGAUGUGUCAUCGCCCACUCCCAAACACCACCACCACCACGACGCCGCCGAAACCUCCUCCACCUCUGAUACAUCCACUAGUACUGGCAGCGCUAGUUCCACUACUACGUACGGGGCCAGUACUACCACUACUAGUACGUCCGAGACCUCUUCUACAUCUGAGACCAGCACCACGUCCGACUCCAGCACCAGCACCACCAGUACAUCUGAGACCGGCUCCACAUCUACGUUCUCGACGUCGUUCACCUUAUAUGACACCACGGCUCUAGCAAUGCCUACUGGCAUCAUAGUCGUACCCAUUCCCAUACCCGUACCCGACAUGGAGAAUCCAGAAAACAUUCUGGUGAUCGGUGAAGCCCUCAUCAACCUUGGUAUGAUGGUCUCAGGCCAGCACGGCCAUUAGGCUACUUUUGGGCAAAAGCCGUUCUUUCUCGUCGGUGUUAUUUAUUGGGUGGGGAUUCCUCUGAUCUAAACUUUGUUGGGUAUGGCAUCUGUUCUUAAUACGUGACUGAGGCUGCCGUGAUAUCUUUGAUGAUUCUGAAUUUG